AUGUCGGACGCCAAACGCAUCAAACUGGAUCAGGGAGCUCGCCCUGUGAUUGUGACGCACUCAGGUACCUUCCAUGCGGAUGAGGCGCUCGCCGUGCACCUCCUGUACAAGCUGCCCCUUCUCAAAGAUGCCGAGCUUGUGCGCACACGCGAUGCGGCCGAGAUUGCCAAAGGCACAGUAGUCGUUGACGUGGGAGCCGAGUAUGUGCCUGAGAGCAACCGCUUCGACCACCACCAGCGCGGCUUUUUCGAGACCUUUGACGACGAACACAAGACAAAGCUGAGCAGUGCAGGUCUCGUGUGGAAGCACUUUGGCCGCGACAUUCUGGCAGCGCAUCUGGGUGUGUCGGACGACGACGAUCGCCUCCCCGUCCUCUACAAGAAGAUGUACGAUGACUUCGUGGAGGCGAUUGAUGCGAACGACAACGGCAUCUCCAUGUACCCCGACGCGGCCGGGCCGCCAGCGUUCCGCUCGCGCACAGAUCUGUCGUCACGCGUGAGCUAUUUGAACCCCCGCUGGAAUGAGAAAUGGGACGAUAAUGACCUCAUGACGCGCUUUCGCCGCGCUUCCAACAUGGCUGGCUCCGAGUUUUUCGACCGCGUCGACGAUGCCGUGGCGGCCUGGUUCCCUGCACGCCAGCUGGUCAUCGACGCUCUGGAACAGCGCAAGUCGUUCCCUGGUGCGGACGCACAGGGACGCAUUGUUCUGUUCGAGGGUGCGACUGCCUGGAAGAGCCACAUCUUUGACCUCGAGAAGCACCUGGGCAUUCCCGAAGCCGAGCAGCCGCUGUACAUCGUAUACCCGGACGAGGCUGGCAAGUGGCGUGUGCAGGCCGUGCCGGUCAGUCUAGAGAGCUUCGAGAGUCGCCGAGCUCUGCCCGAGCCAUGGCGCGGCAUCCGCGACGAGCAGCUCUCGGAGCUCACCGGCAUUCCCGGCUGCAUCUUUGUGCACCAGUCUGGUUUUAUUGGAGGGAACCAGACCAAGGAAGGCGCCCUGACCAUGGCGACCAAGGCUCUUAUGUAG